CCCGCCAGUGCCUGUGCCACUGCUGUUGUGACCACCGUCGCCAGCAGUCUCGAGGAGUUCCCAGGAGCGGAACCCCUCAGAGUCGCGAGUGAGCCGAGAGCUGUCCUCAGCAGCUCUCUGCCCGCACGCUUGCCGCAGGCACCCCAGUCACUGGAGCAAGUCAGGCGGCUUGCCGCCUCACCCAGAGCCGACGACGUCCAAGCGUCCUGAAGACCUUCCCCUUCCCUCCCCUCCUUCCCCUGAAGAUCCCGAUCUCCCUGACUCCCCAACCAUGGGAAACGCCGGAGCAGCAGCCAGGCGAUGCACCGAAGCAAUGGAUGGAGACGGAUACCUUGAGAAUGAUCCUUAUGUGAGAGAUUUCCUGUCCAGGGCCAAGGAAGAUUUCUUGAGGAAAUGGGAAAAUCCCACCCAGAACACUGCUGAACUAUCUGACUUUGAGAGAAAGAAAACCCUUGGAACUGGAUCAUUUGGACGAGUUAUGCUUGUGAAACACAAGGCUACUGAGCAGUAUUAUGCCAUGAAAAUCCUUGAUAAGCAGAAGAAAGAGAAGACUCUGGUAGAGAAUACUUGCACUAGUCAAGGCAAAAGUCCUCCACAAACACAGCAGGAAAAAGUUGUUAAGCUGAAGCAGAUUGAGCAUACCUUGAACGAGAAGAGGAUCCUGCAGGCUGUGAAUUUCCCUUUCCUGGUCAAGCUGGAAUAUGCUUUCAAGGAUAAUUCCAACCUGUACAUGGUUAUGGAAUACGUGCCUGGUGGUGAGAUGUUUUCCCACCUGAGGAAGAUUGGCAGAUUCAGCGAGCCCCAUGCCCGCUUCUAUGCCUCCCAGAUUGUGCUGACUUUCGAAUACCUUCAUGCUCUUGACCUGGUCUACCGUGACCUGAAACCCGAAAACCUUCUGAUUGACAAAUAUGGAUACAUCCUGGUCACUGACUUUGGAUUUGCCAAAAGGGUGAAGGGCCGAACCUGGACCCUUUGUGGAACUCCCGAAUACCUGGCCCCUGAGAUCAUCCUCAGCAAGGGAUACAACAAGGCCGUGGACUGGUGGGCCCUGGGAGUGCUGAUCUACGAGAUGACCGCUGGUUAUCCUCCCUUCUUUGCCGACCAGCCCAUCCAGAUCUACGAGAAGAUCAUCUCUGGAAAGGUCCGCUUCCCCUCCCACUUCAGCUCCGAGCUCAAGGACCUUCUGAGGAACCUGCUCCAGGUCGACCUGACCAAGCGCUACGGGAACCUGAAGAACGGUGUUGGCGACAUCAAGCACCACCGCUGGUUCUCUGCCAUUGACUGGAUUGCUAUUUUUCAGCGCAAAGUGGAGGCUCCCUUUGUUCCCCGCUACCGGGGUGCUGGCGAUACCAGCAACUUCGACGAUUACGAGGAAGAGGACAUCCGUGUUUCUCUUACUGAGAAGUGUGCAAAGGAAUUUGCUGAUUUUUAGAGUGGGUCUAGCAGGACUCACACCUUUGCACCAUGUUAAGAGAAAAGGCGAAGCUGAAUAUGAAUAUCAUCAUUAUAUAUCUAAAUUGAUACUAUCUAGUUCCUUCAUUUUCCACACAGCUAAGUAAUGUCAUCAUCAUGCGUGCAAUUCUAAAAGCCCAGAUUUCUUAGGUAUAGGGCCGGCCACAGGUAUUAUUUUUUCUUUGCCCUUUUUUUGUUUGUCCUUAUCCCUGGUCUCUAUAAUUGGAUUACCUCCCCUUUCCAAAUUAUGAUGUCACGCCUUCCCCCUCUCCCCCCAUUUUGAUCAGAUUGAUAUUUAGCUAGUGGUAUCUUGAAGGAAGAGAGAAAGAAGUAUUUCUUCUUCUCCAAACCAGCCAGUCCCUUUUAUCUCUUUUCCCAUGCCUAUGGUUUCUAAUUCAAACUAUCCAAAAUGAUUGGAGAUUUCUAAAGAAAAAAUUUCCCAAUGCUGUGUAAGUUCAUGCAAAAUUAAAAAAAAUUUAAAAAUUACAAAAAAAAUUAAAAAUAAAUAAAAUUUAAAAAAAAAAAACCUUCUUCCUUUGCCCCUCUUUUGUUUGUCCUUAUCCCUGGUCUCUAUAAUUGGAUUACCUCCCCUUUCCAAAUUAUGACAUCAUGCCCUCCCCUCCCCUCCCCCCCCUUUACUUUAUUUUGAUCAGAUUGAUAUUUAGCUAGUGGUAUUAUGAAGGAAGAGAGAGAGAAAUAUUUCUUCUUCCCCAAACCAGCCAGUCCCUUUUAUCCCUAUCCCCAUGCCUAUGGUUUCUAAUUCAAACUACCCAAAAUGAUUGGAGAUUUCUAAAGACAAAAUAUCCCAAUGCUGUGUAAGUUCAUGCAAAAUUAAAAAAAAAAAUUAAAAAUAAAAAAAAAUUUAAAAAUAAAUAAAAAUUAAAAAAAAAAACAACCUUUUUCCUUUGCCCCUCUUUUGUUUGUCCUUAUCCCUAGUUUCUGUAAUUGGAUUACCUCCCCUUUCCAAAUUAUGUCACACCCUCCCUUCCCCCCCUUUACUUUAUUUUGAUCAGAUUGAUAUUUAGCUAGUGGUAUUUUGAAGGAAGAGAGAGAGAAAUAUUUCUUCUUCCCCAAACCAGCCAGUCCCUUUUAUCCCUAUCCCCAUGCCUAUGGUUUCUAAUUCAAACUACCCAAAAUGAUUGGAGAUUUCUAAAGAAAAAAUAUCCCAAUGCUGUGUAAGUUCAUGCAAAAUUAAAAAAAAUUUUUUUAAAAUAAAAAAAAAAUUUAAAAAUAAAUAAAAAUUUAAAAAAAAAACUUUUUCCUUUGCCCCUCUUUUGUUUGUCCUUAUCCUUGGUUUCUGUAAUUGGAUUUCCUCCCCUUUCCAAAUUAUGACAUCACGCCCUCCCCUCCCCCCCCUUUACUUUAUUUUGAUCAGACUGAUAUUCAGCUUGUGGUAUUUUGAAGGAAGAGAGAGAGAAAUAUUUCUUUGGCCCCAAACCAGCCAGUCCCUUUUAUCCUUAUCCCCAUGCCUAUAGUUUCUAAUUCAAACUACCCAAAAUGAUUAGAGAUUUCUAAAGACAAAAUUUCCCAAUGAUGUGUAAGUUCAUGCAAAAUUUUAAAAAUUUAAAAAUUUAAAAAAUUUAAAAAUUAAAAAAAAAACUUUUUCCUUUGCCCCUCUUUUGUUUGUCCUUAUCCCUGGUUUCUGUAAUUGGAUUUCCUCCCCUUUCCAAAUUAUGACGUCACGCCCUUCCCCCCCCCCCCCCCUUUACUUUAUUUUGAUCAGACUGAUAUUCAGCUUGUGGUAUUUUGAAAGAAGAGAGAGAGAAAUAUUUCUUUGGCCCCAAACCAGCCAGUCCCUUUUAUCCCUAUCCCCAUGCCUAUAGUUUCUAAUUCAAACUACCCAAAAUGAUUAGAGAUUUCUAAAGACAAAAUUUCCCAAUGAUGUGUAAGUUCAUGCAAAAUUUUAAAAAUUAAAAAAUUUAAAAAAAUUUAAAAAUUAAAAAAAAAACUUUUUCCUUUGCCCCUCUUUUGUUUGUCCUUAUCCCUGGUUUCUGUAAUUGGAUUUCCUCCCCUUUCCAAAUUAUGAUGUCACGCCCUCCCCCCCCCCCCCCCUUUAUUUUGAUCAGACUGAUAUUCAGCUUGUGGUAUUUUGAAGGAAGAGAGAGAGAAAUAUUUCUUCUUCCCCAAACCAGCCAGUCCCUUUUAUCCCUAUCCCCAUGCCUAUGGUUUCUAAUUCAAACUACCCAAAAUGAUUAGAGAUUUCUAAAGACAAAAUUUCCCAAUGAUGUGUAAAUUCAUGCAAAAUUUAAAAAAUUUUAAAAAUUAAAAAAAAAAAAACUUUUUCCUUUGCCCCUCUUUUGUUUGUCCUUAUCCCUGGUCUCUAUAAUUGGAUUACCUCCCCUUUCCAAAUUAUGACAUCACGCCCUCCCCUGCCCUCCCCCCCCUUUACUUUAUUUUGAUCAGACUGAUAUUCAGCUUGUGGUAUUUUGAAAGAAGAGAGAGAGAAAUAUUUCUUUGGCCCCAAACCAGCCAGUCCCUUUUAUCCCUAUCCCCAUGCCUAUAGUUUCUAAUUCAAACUACCCAAAAUGAUUAGAGAUUUCUAAAGACAAAAUUUCCCAAUGAUGUGUAAGUUCAUGCAAAAUUUUAAAAAUUUAAAAAUUUAAAAAAUUUAAAAAUUAAAAAAAAAACUUUUUCCUUUGCCCCUCUUUUGUUUGUCCUUAUCCCUGGUUUCUGUAAUUGGAUUACCUCCCCUUUCCAAAUUAUGACAUCAUGCCCUCCCCUCCCCCCCCCCCUUUACUUUAUUUUGAUCAGACUGAUAUUUAGCUUGUGGUAUUUUGAAGGAAGAGAGAGAGAAAUAUUUCUUCUUCCCCAAACCAGCCAGUCCCUUUUAUCCCUAUCCCCAUGCCUAUGGUUUCUAAUUCAAACUACCCAAAAUGAUUAGAGAUUUCUAAAGACAAAAUUUCCCAAUGCUUUAUAAGUUCAUGCAAAAUUAACCUAAAAUAGAACAAAACAAAAUUAAUAAGACAAAACUAAUUAAAUACAUUAAAUUAAAUUUGGCAGUAAAUUUGGCUAAAAGUCAGGGGUGGCCGGACCCUGUGCCUGGGUUUUCUGUGAUCAGUACAAUUCUUUCAUCUCCGCCUUCUGUUGUAAUAUUUGCGUGUGCGUUGUUCUGUAAAUCAUGAGUAGCCUGUGCAAUGGGAAGCAUGUGAUCUCAUGCAGCAGGAAAAAUUCUAAAUGGUCUGGACUGUAAACCAGUUUCACUCACAUAGGUAACAGCAUCGCCGUCUGUACUCAAUAAAAUUAAUGGUUUCAGUAUUGUAAACAGCGCAUGAGUAUUUAAGUGAUUAUUGUCGAGGGUCAUAAAAAUCCCUCACUUUAAACCUUUUCGCUUUUAAAAAAGGAAAAUUUGCUUCAUUUUAAAAAAGGGCAACUGUGUGGUGAGAAAUGCUUGGCCCUUAUUAGGCAAAAAAAAAAAAUUAAUUAAUUAAAUGGCUUCGCUAUUGCAAUUUAUAUUAUGGAUGCACUGCUAGCUGAUUGCGGCUAUUUUUUUUGGUUUUGUUUUUAGUGGUUUUGACUUAGAGAGUUAUUGCCAUGUUUUUGUUCUGGUAUAAUAUUAGUAAGCUGAAGAUGGAGUACUGCAUCAAUCAUCAUUUUCAAAUUUAAUUGCUUAUAACAAGGAAAGGAGAAACAAAAGUCUACAAAAACUGCCACAAUUAGGUUUAAAUGUAAGGGUGCGCUCUUUUAUUUUCAACAAAAUCCUCUCUUAAGUUAUCAAUUUUUUGUUUCCGGUUAGCCAGAAGUUACGAUCACGGUAACUGCAGCAUAAUUAAGUUUUUGGGCGUAGUGAUGUUUUGUACAUUCUCACCAAAUGACUUAUUUAUAAGAUCUUGCUGCCAUAUGCUGGCUUUGGGCACUCUUACUAUUUUUUUUCAAAAUUUUCCAAAAAUUACACAGCUCGGCACCUUUUUUUUUUUUUUCAAAUCAUCCAUCCGGUACUUUUUACACUUCUGGAUCUCUCAGUGACCUAUCUUCACACAGCACACCUUCACAGUUUAAAAAACUGGGGCAUAUUGCAGAUCAAUAUCACAACUCAAACUUUUACAGGAUGAUCGUUUUUAUCAAAAAACAGAUCUAUACAGAUAUACAACAGACUCAUCUGUUCCACGGUUUCAUAGGUCACUGAAACGACUUCCUUUUAAUCUGCUUACUACUCCUUUCUGACAAAAAAAAGACGUUUAUACUCAUUUUACAAUUAUAUUUAAAAUGUACUCUUUCUCCAACUUUCAGUAUAACACCAGAUUCUUGAUUGUCUUAGUAGCAGCAAUGUUGCUAAGAUACUGACACUGAUUUUCAGUAAUGGUCUACUUACAUUUUACCCAUGUGCAAGAAAAGUCUAAGAUAAUUUGCCGUAUCAGAAUUUGAGUAAUGAAGAUUUGUCAUCCCAUCAACAAAUUUGAAAAUUAUUUGUAAGAAAAGGUUUAAAUCUUUUGUAUUUCAUUUAGUUCCAGAACAUGCUUUGUUGUACGCUAGCUGUAUGCGAUAAAACAUAUAGUAACUUUGAUGUUGUUAAAGUUUUAAAUAAAUGCUAUCUAUAUAUCACAA